AUGCAGAGAAAGAACCAUACGCAGGUGACCGUGUUCACCUUCCAGGGAUUCUCCAGCUUCCAUGAACACCAGAUCACACUCUUUGCAGUGUUCCUCACUUUGUACAUCAUAACCCUGGCCAGCAAUGUCAUCAUUGUGACCAUUAUCUGCAUUGACCGCCAUCUCCACACCCCCAUGUACUUCUUCCUAAGCAUCUUGUCCACUUCUGAGACCUUGUACACACUGGUCAUCAUCCCACGGAUGUUCAGCCUCACAGGAUGGAAUCAGCCAAUUUCACUGGAAGGCUGUGCCACUCAAAUGUUCUUCUUUGUCACUUUGGCCAUCAACAACUGCUUCCUGCUCACAGCAAUGGGGUAUGACCGCUACGUGGCCAUUUGCAACCCCUUGAGAUAUAUGAUUGUCAUGAAUAAAAAGGUGUGCACCUACUUAGUGGGUGGGGCAUGUGCCAUUGGUUUGACUGUUGCAUCUAUACAGGUGACAUCUAUAUUCAACAUGACUUUCUGUGAAGCAGAGGAUUUCCCAAUGCAUAGAAAGAACCACACACAGGUGACCAUGUUCACCUUCCAAGGAUUCUUCAGCUUCCAUGAACACCAGAUCACACUCUUUGUAGUGUUCCUCACUUUGUACAUCAUAACCCUGGCCAGCAAUGUCAUCAUUGUGACCAUUAUCUGCAUUGACCGCCAUCUCCACACCCCCAUGUACUUCUUCCUGAGCAUCUUGUCCACUUCUGAGACUUUGUACACACUGGUCAUCAUCCCAAGGAUGUUGUCCAGCCUCACAGGAUGGAACCAGCCAAUUUCACUGGAAGGCUGUGCCACUCAAAUGUUCUUCUUUGUCACUUUGGCCAUCAACAACUGCUUCCUGCUCACAGCAAUGGGGUAUGACCGCUACAUGGCCAUUUGCAACCCCUUGACAUAUAUGAUUGUCAUGAAUAAAAAGGUAUGCACCUACUUAGUGGGUGGGGCAUGUGCCAUUGGUCUGACCAUGGCAUCUGUACAGGUGACAUCCAUAUUCAGCUUGCCUUUCUGUGAAGCAGAGGUGGCCCAUUUCUACUGUGACAUUCGCCCCAUGAUGAAGCUUGCCUGUAUAGAUACCACAGUCAAUGAGUUCAUCAACUUUGUUGUCAGCUCAGGAGUGAUCCUGGUGCCUGUGGGCUUAGUCUUUAUCUCCUACAUCCUCAUUAUCUCUGCCAUCCUCAAAAUCGCCUCAGCUGAGGGGCGGAAAAAGACCUUUGCCACUUGUGCCUCCCACCUCACAGUGGUCAUUGUCCACUAUGGCUGUGCCUCCAUUGCCUAUCUCAAGCCCAAAUCAGAGAAUUCAAUCGAAGAAGACAGAUUACUCUCCAUUACUUACACCCAUCACACCAUUGUUGAACCCUGUUGUGUACAGUCUGAGAAAUAA